AAGCGGUGGGCGGUGCAGGAAGAGAUCCAUGACGUCGAAGGUGUCGCUCAAGGGGAAGAGGAAGGCCGGGAAGGGCUCCAAGGGGCCGGAGGAGCGGUCGGCGUGCAAGUGCUUCAAGGAGUGGAGCACCUGGGCGAUGAAGAAGGCCAAGGUGAUCACUCACUAUGGCUUUAUUCCCCUCAUCAUCACCAUCGGCAUGAACUCCGAGCCCAAGCCCCAGCUCUACCAGCUGCUCAGUCCCGUCUGAUGCCUCCCUCCACCAUCGGCAAGCUUUUAGCUCCAUAGUGAUCGAUUGGUUUCUACUGCUUUUUGAUGGUAUGUGCUGAUAGCAUCGUGCUUGUCGUCCAUCAGGAGAUUUGGAUUGCCGACGAUAGAUUUCCAUUAGGUAUGGCUGACCUUGUUAUACUGCGUGCAUCACUAGGGUAGAGAAAUCAGUCCAAGAUUGUGUUACUUGUGAUCGAUUUCAAGAACAGUUUGCGGACUCCUUUACCCUCUGUCGAUCAUCGUAUGUGAUUGAGCCUGAGAUGUAUGCUGACAGAAUCUUUAUCGAUAGAUGACAACAUGUAUGCAAGCAAGAGACUCUUACUGCUUCCUAGCACUAGCAUUCCCCAGUGGGCGGGCACUCAACCAUCUUCUUGACUCCUCAUUCAAAAGCUCCUUUGAGGAGCCAAUUCCACCAGACCAUGUGCGUCCAUCAGGGGAAACGGAAGACGCAGAGCCGGUAAAAGGAAGCCAGUCUGACAUCGAUAUGGCACAAGCAGCAGCAGAGGCAGAGGUGGACGUGGUGGUGCCGAAGACUUGGGCUCCGGAAUCUCCGGCAUUCUUGGAAAUCAGUGAAGGCGACAUCCACUCUACCGCUUUGGCCAUCUCAGGUCUCGUCAUCACAGAGAAGUGGGAAACUGGAGGCCGAAGCUACUUCAAAAGCAGCGCGGCAAUGCUUCUUGGGCGACAGCGGGUGGACUCUUAUUUGGAACUUGGCCCAGGCCCAACCUUUGUUCUGUGACCUUCUCAGCACGUGUCUGGCCAUCCAUGUUUUCGGAAUCCAAAUUGGGAAGUGAUGUCCUAGGUGGUAAAUAAGUUCAUUAAUUAAGUAUAUUAGCUCUCUACUCGUCUCCUUCCUGCCUUUUGCGGGAAAGCUAAGACUCCACCAUCGUCAAGUGGUGAGUGGUGUGUGGUGCAGUGAACUUGUGAGGAAGAUAUUUCACAGAUCUUUCUGAGAGGGAGAGGUCAGGGGAAAAGAGACCUACGUGGCGAACCCGGAUGUACGACUGGAUCUCCACGAGGACCAUGUUGGAUCAUGCCAUUAUGAUUAGCAAAGCUUAUCCUUUAUGUAGCGUCCCAUCACUCUUAGCUGAUCCAGUACAUAAAGGCUCACAUCCAUAAAUGUCUAGGAAGCAUAUACCUAACUUGGAUGCCACUUAUUAACAA